AAGAAUAAACAGAAUCUGGAUUGAGUGAACAGUCAGUUCUAUUUCUCUCUCUCUCUGAUAGCACUUCGAGAGACAGAGAGAGUCAAGCAACAAAAUGGGCGCAUAUUGCAACGACACCGUUUCUUUCCCUCCUCGUUACGACGUCGUUUCAUCUCGAGACAAACACAUUCAUGACAACCUCCAUGGCAACAUCUUCAUCGAUUCUCUGAGUUUGAAGUUCAUUGAUACUGAACAGUUUCAAAGGCUUCGUGAAUUGAAACAACUUGGUUUCACACACUUGGUGUAUCCGGGGGCUGUCCAUUCUAGAUUUGAGCAUUCUCUUGGAGUGUAUUGGAUUGCUAGUCAAUCUGUUGAAAAGCUUAAUAGCUAUCAAGGCAUGGAGCUUGGUAUUGAUAAGUUUGAUAUUCAAUCGGUGAAACUUGCUGGACUUAUGCAUGAUGUUGGACAUGGACCAUUCAGUCACUUAUUUGAACGCGAGUUUCUUCCCCAAGUUAUCAGUGGUUCUAAUUGGUCGCAUGAACAAAUGUCGGUCAAAAUGGUUGAUUAUAUAGUUGAGGAACACCAUAUUGAUAUUGACCCUCAGAUGUUAAAAAGAGUCAAGGAGAUGAUAUUGGCGAGCUCCGAAUUUGCUCUUCCUAGGAGCUCAAGUGAGAAACGUUUCUUGUAUGAUAUUGUUGCAAAUGGAAGAAAUGGAAUCGAUGUUGACAAAUUUGAUUAUAUUGCUCGUGAUUGUCGAGCUUGUGGUCUGGGAUGCAACUUUGAAUUUCAGAGGUUAAUGGAGACCAUGCGGGUUUUGGAUGAUGAGAUUUGUUAUCGUGCAAAGGACUAUCUUACUAUCCACAAGUUGUUUGCGACUCGUGCUGAUCUGUAUAGAACAGUUUAUACACAUCCAAAAGUAAAGGCAAUAGAGCUUAUGGUGGUUGAUGCGCUUGUGCUAGCAAAUGAUUAUUUGCAGAUUUCAUCUAGCAUUCAAGAUCCUGCUGAAUACUGGAAGCUGGAUGAUUCAAUAAUUAAAACCAUUGAGACUUCUCCCUGUCCUGAACUGAAGGAAGCUAGAGAGUUGAUCCUGCGCAUUCGAAGGCGGAAUCUGUACCAGUUUUGUAACGAGUAUGCUGUUCCAAGGGAUAUAAUGGACAAUUUUAAGAAAGUCACUCCUCAUGAUAUAGUUUGUUCCCAGAAAAAUGGUGGAGUUAUGUUGAAAGAGGAGGAUGUAGCUGUUUCUAAUGUCAAAAUCGAUUUGACUCGUGGAAAGGAUAAUCCUCUUGAAAGCAUCCAUUUUUUCAAGGAUUAUGAAAGUGAUGAAAAAUUUACAAUACCUGACGAGCGCAUAAGCCACCUGUUGCCUGCAUCUUGUCAAGAUAUGAUAGUAAGAGUGUACUCGAAAAAGCCAGAACUGGUGGAGAAAAUUUCAGAGGCAUUUGAAAAUUAUCAGCUAAAAACAUAUGGAAUCAAAGCACAGGUACAUUCAACACCAACGAAGAAACGUCGUUACAAUUCAUGUAUAUGAAAGCUGUCUCUUUUGGCGUUUUUGUAUAAUCUUCCUUAUUACUACCACUAUUGCUGCUACUUUUUUUGGCCUGUUUUUGGUACAAUGCUUCUUUUCCUUGUUUGUAAGUAUAGAAGUAUUCGUAUUUUCCGCAAUGAAAAUAUAGUUUUGAGUCAAUAGCAGCAACUGUACUUCUUUAAAGGAUGGUAUUAUUUCCACACCAAAAACAAAUGUUACACUCUGUUGAAUCUAUUACCAUAUUAAAGAAUCUAUUACAUGUAUAGCAAUUAAUUACUAUUUUCAAUGGUUACUGGUUA